AUGGCCACGAACACGAUAUUAAAGCCCAAUGUUCGGAAACGAUUCCUCGAGGCAUCCGCUGGCAUUAAACAAGAAGAGGGCGCCCAUCGGUACUCAGGAACGUGGAUCGCUGCGAACUUAAAACUCAAGUUGCCAACUCCUCAAACCCAUCCAAGCUUUCCGCUGUGGAAUUUUGGUUAUACGCCGGAGAAGGUCUACGAUCUAUAUUGGCCAGAGGGUUGGCACUUUUGUAGUCCACCUGGCAAGCCUACGGCCACGGGACGGUUUGGGCCAUAUGAAGAACGACUCUGGCGCCACGAGUUUCGACAAGACGACUGGAAUGACAACAUGGAUGCUACAGAGCUUCUUUGGGAACAUCUUGGUCCAAUGAUAACCAGGGAAAGAGAUGAAAAAGGCAUCAGCUUCUCUCAGCAGGUCCAAUACCCUAAGGACUGCAUUGAAAUCAUCCGGUGUCGGCCAUACCACUUCGUCCACAAAGUGGUCAACAAAUGGUUUUCAGGCAAAACAAUUCUCAUCGGUGACGCUGCCCACAUUUUUCCUCCUUUUGCUGGCCAAGGCAUAGCCAGUGGCAUUCGGGACGCACAUCAACUGUCGUGGCGGCUGGCAUUAUUGUUGAAGAAUCCAAGCAUGCCGCCGAAGGUCGCGAAUGCCGCACUUGAAGCUUGGGAGGCGGAAAGAAUAAAGAGCGUGAACGACGCCGCGUUUCUGUCCCUGUUGAAUGGGCAAUUAUGUAACGAUCAGCCAACUUUCUGGAUGUUGGCUUUACUUCGAAUAAUCGACUUUCUGAGCUUGAUUCCGUAUUUGGGCCUUCGUCUGGAUAUCCAGGUAGUCAAAGAGUGUGAGGGUUUUACCAACGUCGACCACGGCUUCCUCAUCAAAGGACACCGUGGUGGGUGUCGACUAGCUCAGAUUGUGGUGCAGUCGCACCGACAAGGUCUCAUGCUCUCCGAUCAAAUGCUUCAAUCAAAUCAAAACGGAUUGCGACUCCUGGUUAUCAGCAAUGGGAAUCACCACAAGCAUUAUAUGGAAGCCAAGACGGCCGUCAAUGAAGCAUCGCUUAGUCCUGCCGUCAUCUCCGCGGAGUCGAUAUUGAUAUUUAGCCCCGCACCUGUGGAUACGUCACAAGAGGACUUGAAGAGUCUUGAAUCUUACAUGGAAUUGUUCUGGCCAGCGGAUGAUUGGAUUAGUGUGGCAGGAGACAAACUAGGUUAUGAUCGUUCAUCUUUCAUCGAUCGCCUGGGGACGAACACCAGGUUUGCGGUGAUUAGGCCUGAUUUCUUCGUAUAUGCCUGCGCAAAAGACAUUGGGGAGCUGAAGAAGUGCUUGCACACAUUGCGGACGCGACUCUCUUGA